AUGGUAAUUAUUGCUCCAGCUGUUCAUUAUUCAGCAUUAGCAACUCUACCACCUGAACAAACAUUAUCUAGAAGUCAACAAUCUCUCAAACAUACAACUAAUAUUCGAUUUAAAUUAAACCGAAUAUUUAACAGAUUUCUCAAUAAUGACCAGACAAAUACAAUUGAAAUUGAUAAACAUGUCCAAUUACCAUCUAAGUCAGACUUUUGGCAAUCCGAAACUAUAAUGAAAGAAAAUAAUAAUAAUACAUCAUUACAUGUUAAAAAUCCUAACAAUAAUAAUAGUGAUCAUCGAACAGCGAAUGAACCAUUUGAACGAUUACCAUUUAGUGAACCAUAUUUUUCUGUCUCACCGAAAAAUGACAAACUUCCUCAUUUUGAACUAUCUGCCUAUCAUAAACAUUGUAUUCAUCAACAAAAAUACAUAGACCAAAAACAAUAUCAUCCUGGUUCGACAUUCAUAAAACAAAGAAAAAUUUCACAAUUAAAUUCAUCUAUAUCAUCAUCUAUCAAAGAACAUCGUUCUGAUUUAACAAGUUGUGGCUUUCAGAAUUUGAAUGAACAAUAUCAAAUGAAACUGAAUAAUAAAAAAUCGAAUUCUUCUACAACAUUAUCUGCAUCAUCAUCAUCAAUUGAAAAUCAUAUUGGAUUACCAUAUGCUUCACGAAAAACUAAUGGAAUAAAUAUUCGCUCAUCAUGUGUAUCACAACGUCUUCGACGUUUACAUAGUAAAUCAAAAAUACGUCCUAUUCAACCAUCAACAAUUUCAUCUUCCAUUGCACAUCGAAUUGAAUUACUUAAACAAGCUAUGCAUAAUAGUCAUCUCGAAUUUUAUCAGUGCAAAUCAGAGAAAACAAGUCCAAUUGAAUCAUCAACUCAUCCACUGAUAGAUCCGAUCAAUAAAGAAACUCAAACAAAUAAUAAUCAACUAAAAGCAUCUGAAAUUCAUCAUGUUCAUCAUCAUCAUAUUCAUUCUUCAUCAUUUUUAUCUAUUGAAUGGCGAACAUAUUUAACUAUUUUUAGUAUAUUCAUAAUUAUUUUACUUCUUCUAAUUGAAAUAAUAACGAUAAGUUUUUAA